AUGUCUUCCAUUAGCACUUCAUCACAAGGAUUCUUCUUUGUCUAUGGUUAUGGUGGGACUAGGAAAACAUUCCUUUGGAAUGCAUUAAUCACAACAAUUCGUGCCAAAGGGCAAAUUGUUUUAGCUGUCGCAUCCAGUGCUAUUGCAGCAACACUAUUACCUUCAGGAAGAACAGCUCACUCUCGAUUUGCGAUUCCAAUUGAGAUUAAUGAAGACUCCACAUGUAAUAUCAAGCACAAUUCACCACUUGCUAACCUUCUAAGAGAAACAACUUUGAUUAUAUGGGAUGAAGCACCAAUGAUCAAACGACAUUGCAUUGAAGCCUUUGAUAGAUCAUUAAGAGACAUUAUGUUCAUUGAUGAACCAUUUGGAGGCAAAUGUGUUGUUAUGGGAGGUGAUUUUCGACAAAUAUUACCAGUUAUUCUAAAAGGAGCCAGAGCUGAUAUUGUGAAUGCCUCUAUUAACUCUUCAUACUUGUGGAAUAGUUGCACAAUCUUCAAACUCACAAAAAACAUGCGCCUUUCUACUGCUUUGACACUUGAAACAACUGCAGAAAUUAAUCAGUUUGCCAAUUGGUUACUUGAUGUUGGUGACGGAAAUUUUUCACUUUCUAAUGAUGGCAUGGCAGAGAUAGAAAUUCCUCCUGAGUUGUUAAUUACAAAAUACUAUAAUCCCCUCGAAGCUAUAGUCAAUUCCACUUAUCCAGAUUUGCUCCAACACUUAUCUGACUCCAAAUACUUCAAUGAUAGGGCAAUUUUAGCUCCUACAAUAGAAACUGUGAAUCAGUUGAAUGAUUAUAUGUGCUCAUUAUUGCCUGGUCAAUCAGUCGACUACUUCAGUGCAGAUUCAGUUCCAAAAACAGAACAGGAUAAUGACUCCAUUGAUGACUUAUACACAACUGAAUUUCUCAAUACAAUCAAUUGCUCUGGCUUACCUCCACAUAAACUCACUUUAAAGAUUGGCACACCGGUUAUGCUUCUACGAAAUAUAGAUCAAGCGAGUGGAUUAUGCAAUAGAACUCGGCUACGAAUCACAUUCCUUGGGAAGCAUGUCUUGAAAGCAACAACACUCAAUGGAACAAAUGCCAAUAAUGAGGUGCUACUCCAUCGGAUGGACAUGAAUCCUUCAGAGACAAAAUUACCAUUUCUUAUGCAGCGAAGGCAAUUUCCAAUCAUACUGUCAUUUGCUAUGAUAAUAAAUAAAAGCCAAGGACAGUCCUUACAACAUGUUGGACUCUACCUACCAAAGCCAGUCUUCUCUUAUGGUCAACUAUAUGUUGCACUCUCAAGGGUGAAAUCUAGGAAAGGACUACAUAUUCUCAUUCAUGAUUCAAAUCAGCAACCAAGAUCAAGCACUUUAAAUGUUGUUUUUAAGGAGAUAUUCUGCAAUUUAGAUUCUAAAUCCUUCUCUUGA